AUGGUCCCUCAGACGCAGAAGGCUCUCGUUGUCCCAGAGCUCAAGGCUCCCUGGGAGCUCCGCUCGGACCAGCCCAUUCCGGAGCCUGGCGCAAACGAAGUUCGAAUGAAGGUGAUGGCGACGUCCCUCAACCUGGCGGACUGGAAGGUCCAAAUGGGCUUGAUCCCGUUCGUAAAGACGUACCCCUUCAUCGGCGGCCUCGAUGCUGCCGGCUUUGUCGACGAGGUCGGGGAGAACGUCAAGAACGUCGUGAAGGGCGACAGAAUCAUGUGCCAAGGCGGGUGGGACCCGAAGCACGCGACGUUCCAGGAGUACUUCUUGACCCCCGCGGACCUAGUCAUCAAGAUGCCCGAAAAUUUGUCCUUUGACGAGGCGACGACCAUCCCCCUCGUCCUCGCGACCGCCGUCGUGCCCAUGUGGAGCAAGUCGGAGAUGGGCCACACCGGCAUGCCCGCACCCUGGGAGGACGGCGGCGACAACUUCAAAGGCCAGCCCGCGCUCAUCACCGGAGGCUCGUCUUCCGUCGGGCAAAUGGCCAUCCAACUCGCGCGCAUGCAAGGCUUCUCCCCGAUCAUCACGACCUCCUCCCCCAAGCACACCGAGCACCUCCAGUCCCUCGGCGCGACCCACGUCCUCGACCGCGCGCUCUCCGAAGCCGACGCCCUCGCCGCGAUCCGCACCAUCACCGGGAACGCGGGCGUGCCCUUCGCGUACGACGCGAUCGGGGCGCCGCAGACGACGCGCGUGUGCUACGCGGCGCUCGCGGACGGGGGCGCGGCGGCGCUCAUGGCGAUGUCGCUCGCGUGCAUCGAGGACCUGAAGCGCGAGGGCGACGGGAAGCGCACCGUGCACCCGUACGGGUCGUUCGAGAUGCGCGGGGCGCGGGAGCUCGGGCGCGAGGUCGCGGCACGGUUGCCUGGGUGGAUCGCGGAGGGCGCGAUCAGGCCGACGCGGUUUGAGGUGCUCCGUGGGGGGUUAAAUGGGGUUGUGGAGGGACUGGAGAGGAUGGCGCGGAACGAGGUGAGCGGGAUGAAGCUGGUCGUGCACCCUCCGGAGACGACUUGA